UGCAACACAUCAGGAAAUACAGCAUCCUCCAUUCUCUCUCUUACUCCUGCUUUUUCAGCACCCACCUUCUCAUCAUCUCAGCCCUCAUUCUUUUCUUUUCUUCUCCCUCAUAAAAGGGGAAAGGAAAAAUAAAAAAAAAACAAAGAACUGUCAAGCCUAAAUAUUUAUAGAGGGGGGAGACAUCAGAUCAGAUAAUAACAAGGCCUGCUCUUUCCCAUCCAUAUCCUAUUCCUAUGUCCUCAGCAGGAGGGGCAAAAAUAUAGAAGGAAGAUGGAAAAGAGAGAAGAAAACUCCAUAUAAACAAAGAAAGAAAGAAGAGUCCACACAACCACAGCCACACCACCCACCCAUUCUUCCUUCUCUUCUCUCUCAUCCCAGUAAUGGCCCAGCUGGACCAAAAUUUAUGUGUGUGUUGAAGAAAAACCCAAAAAGGAGAGAGAAUGGGAAAACAAUGAAAGAAAGAAAGAAAGAAAGAGGAGAUGUCUUCAAAUGUCCUCCAACCAAAUCCACCUCACCUCACCUCACCUCAUGCUCCUAAAUACACAAUUCACAUUUCCCAUUUCACACACAACACACACCUCCUUAAAGCUAUUACGUUGCCAGAAAUACCCUUCUGCAACCCCCCAAAAAAUCCCCAUCUUCAUCACUAGUUCACUGUCUCUCAUCAAAAGAACACACACCCAAAAAAUGAUCAUACUUCUACUACUACUCCUACUACUUCUACUAAAGUAUACAUCAUUUUUCCCGAAUUAUGUGGGCUUUUUGGGCUUUGUCUUGGUCAGAGCUUAUUCACAGAGAAAACAGCAAACCAAGCCAGAACCUUCUCACCCUCCUAUCAUCAAUACCCCCCUCCCUUUCUCCCUAUUUUAUGUCUUUAGCUUACCUUUCUUUCCUUCCUUACACGAGUUGUGUAGUAUCAUUUCCUUUCUUUUGUCCUUAUCUCUUGCUAGUUACUACUACUUCUCCUUUCUUUUCUUCCUUGGUCUCAUAAAUAUUCUUUGUUUCAUCUUUAACCGUCUAGCCUCUUUCUGGGCUAUACAUAUUUCUCGCCACAGCUUCCGUGGUUCAAUUGAUCAUUUUCAAGAUCAGAACUUUUUCUCUGGCAGAGGGUUGUUUUGAAAUUCUCUGUGAUCUGAUGUCUAAGAAGGCGAAAAGGGUUGCAGGAGAAACAUCCCUUCCUCCAUAUGGUGGUGGUGGUAUCUAUGAGGACCCCAAGACCAGGCUGAAACAUCAGGCUCUCUUGCAGGACUAUCAGGACUUGCAGAAGGAUACAGAUGACCUGAGAAACAAAUUUGACGCUGCAAAACAAAGGAAGCUGAGAUUAAUGGCUGAAGUUCGGUUUUUACGACGGAGACACAAGUAUCUAUUGAAGAUGAAGUUGUCGAACCGCUUGCAAGAACCGCCAUUGAAUGUAGAGAAGCAACACAACUUGAAUGGUAAGGGUCGCAUUUCGCAGAAGAGGGAAACUGCUUUGUUUAAGUUGCCUCCUCUUCCAAAACCCAAACCCAAAGGAAAGACGCACUCUGGGAAGGAAGCCGCUAUGAGAAAUAUCACUCCAAUACUUGAUUUGAACCGUAGGCAGACAUUAGAUAGUGGAAAGGAAGCUAACCUUCGUAGUUCAACUCCAGUUUCAGAGUUGAACCUCAGAAAAAGGAUAGCCAGUGGCACAGAAGCUUUAGUUCCAAACUCGGAAGCAGCAAUCAACUUGAACAAAAUCCAAAAAAUGCAGGUGGCAAAUGAUGUUACUGCCUUUGCAAGCAGAAGACAGCUAUUUGAUUUGAAUCAGGAUACCAGUCUUAUUAAUGGCACUAGUCUUGGUGAUAAAGAAGCUACAAUUUGUAGUCGAGCUCCAACCUUUGACUUGAAUGAGAUAUCGACCGAGGAAGAAGAACCACAGAAUAAUUACGAACCUUCAAAUGGGGAGAGUAAGGUAGGUUCGAUGAGAGGUGGAAAUGAAGAGCAGUCUAAUGACCUCAAGUUAUCUGUGUGUAGAAAUGUUGGGGAAGGUUCAUCUCGAAUUGGGAAGCGAAAAAUCUCGUGGCAAGACCCUGUUGCUUUGAGGGUUUGAAUGCUCGGCUUGUGAAAUACUGUAGAAGAUCAACAUAGCAUUAGCUAGUGGGCUUAGGAAAAUCUUGCCCUGCUGCAAUAGCCAAUAUGGAAAAUAGCAGCAAGGCUCUUAGACAAUGUAGUUAUGUUUUCCUCCUCUGUAAAGGAAAAUUAGUUUUACAUACAGAUACCUGUCAUGUAUGUCAUAUAUAUGUGUAAUAGAUGCUACAGAUGGAUUAUGAUAAGGCGAUAUAUGGCUUUUGCUUAGAUUUUGUAAAAUGUCCGUUGCUGGUUUGACUGAGGAAGCAAGGAAAGUUUUGAGUCUUGCUUAAUCUAGUUCCAGAAGGUGUCCAGAUUUACCUCCUCGUUCUCUAUUCCUUUCUGGUACAUCAACUCUGGAAAUCGAAGAAAAUUAAGGUCUUGCUUUCC